ACUGACCAAGCAUGGAGAUCCUGCAGCACACUUCCAGCUAACUUCUAUCAGAGCAGAGAGCUGAUCGGCUGGACCAGUAUGCUGGGAGGGGAUCCUGUGGAGGAGUGACAGGCAGCAGUUCUCAGGCUGGACGUUGUGUGACACAGUGGGUCCCUUCACCGCCAUGGAGUUUGGGAGGUUUCAUUCAAAGUACCAAAAACCUUUGCUGCUCAUCAUGAUGACGUUCAAACUGGGUAUACUGUGCACAGCAGCAGACCAGUGUCUGUCAUCCCCGUGUCAGAAUGGAGGUACGUGUUUGGACUAUAUGGGUAACUACACGUGUCUCUGCCCCAGAUGGCCAGUCCACUAUAUGGGCAAGGACUGUAGGGAGCUGUAUGACCCCUGUGUACAAGAUGCGCCAUGCGCCAACUGUACCAGCACACUGGGCACAGGGGUCUACACCUGCCACUGCCCUGACAACUUCGCAGGGACCAACUGCACACUCAACAUCAACAUCAAGUGUGAGAGCAACCCAUGUAAGGGUGUCAGGUCCCAUUGUGUGGACAGGGUGGAUAACUACACCUGCCACUGUCCCCCUGGCUAUGGAGGAGAUCACUGCCAGGCGAGGGACUGCUCUGAGGAGCCGUGCCACAACGGUGCCACCUGUGUUGACACAUCGGAUGGGUACCAGUGCCAGUGCGUCCCAGGCUUCCAGGGGAGGGACUGUGAGGAGAACAUGGAUGACUGUAAGUCACUCCCCUGUCAGAACGGAGCCAUCUGUAAAGAUGACGUCAACGGAUACCAGUGCUUUUGUGUGCCUGGUUUCCAAGGCUACCACUGCGACCUGGACAUUAACGAGUGUGUGUCGCGGCCGUGCGAGAACAAUGGGACCUGUGUCAAUGAGGUGGACCGCUAUGAGUGCAACUGUCUGCUAGGGUUCAAAGGGGUGAACUGUGAAGUGGAGAUUGAUGAGUGUGAGGAGCAGCCCUGCCAGCAUGGAGCCACCUGCCAUGACCGUGUGGGCCUGUACACCUGUGAGUGUGUGUCUGGGUACGAGGGCCGUGACUGUGAGCUGGACAUUGAUGAGUGUGCCAGCGGGCUGUGUCUCAACGAUGGCAACUGUACAGACCUGGUGAACAGCUAUGAGUGUGACUGCAACGGGACAGGCUUCACAGGAGAGCAAUGUGAGGUGGACAUCCCAGAGUGUGCUUCGGACCCCUGCCAGAAUGGAGCCACCUGCCUAGAGGGGGUCAACCAAUAUGACUGUAUCUGCUGGACAGGUUAUGAAGGGAAGAACUGUCAGGUGGAUAUUGAUGAGUGUGAGCUGCAGCCCUGUGAGAAUAGAGGAGAGUGUUUUCAGCGCUCAGAGCUGCUGCACUACGGGGUGCUGUCUGGACUGGAUGACAGGAAGUUCAACUAUGAGGAAGCAGCUGGGUUCCUCUGCCACUGCCAGCCUGGGUUUGCUGGUGAGAGCUGUGAAGAGAAUAUAGACGAGUGUGAGUCUGCUCCAUGUCAGAACGGAGGGAGCUGUGAGGACCUGGUCAACUCAUACCAGUGUGACUGUCCACCUGGGUUCACAGGUGUGCACUGCGAGGUAGACAUUGACGAGUGUGAGAGCGAGCCCUGUCAGAACGGCGGGUCCUGCAAGGACGCUGCCAACGCCUACACCUGCAACUGUGUGAAGACGGAUCCAGGGGAGGAGCCAUGGGGUGGCCAUAACUGUGACGUCCGUCUGAUUGGCUGCAGGGAACACCUGUGUGAGAACGGAGCCACGUGUGUGCCCAUCCUAAGCCAAGAAGAGCACAGUGGGGACGAUGGAGAUGAACAAGAGCAUGGCCACACCUGCCUCUGUCCCCCUGGCUUCACUGGGAAGCACUGCAGCAUUCCCACCACCUUCUCCUUUAACACAGAGGGGUAUGUCCUCAUCCAGCUCCCUCCUACAGCUAACAGGACCAGUAGAGGGAUUGACCCCCAGCACCACCACCACCACUAUGGGAUCCACGUCCAGCUGCGCUUCAGGACCACCCUGGCUGAAAUGCUGCUGUUCUACAGAGGGGCUGAGCACUACUUUGUGUCCCUGGAGAUUGUGGGGGGCCAUAUCCAUGCUAGAGCUGGAUCAGGGAAGGAGCUACAGGCCACCUACCAUCUCCCUGUCAAUGACGGAGACUGGCAUGAGGCCAAAGUGACGAUGGAUGAGAAGCUGGUGCUGAUGGUGAAAGGACCAGGCUGUGACAAUGACGGUGGAUGCACAGUGGAGGACGAAGGACACAACCAAUUGAUCUUCUUCCAACCUGGAUCAUUCCCCCAGGUCUAUGUGGGUGGGGCCCCCCAGAAGUAUCUGGACAACACAGAGAGUAGGAAGGGUUUCAUUGGCUGCAUGGAGGAUCUACAAGUUGACCACCAGCUGCUACUGCCUCAGGAUAUCUCUCCAGAGCACAUCCAAGACAUGGAGCUGGGCUGCAACAAGACCGACUGGUGUCAUUCUGACCCCUGCCAUCAUCGUGGGCAUUGUAUUGACCUGUGGACUAGCUUCAGCUGUGAGUGUGAUCGACCCUAUCACGGCUCCUUGUGUGAAGAAGAAUACCCCUCAUGGACAUUCAGCAAUGAAGACACUGUGAGCUAUGCUGCCUUCAACAUCAACCAAACGGACGGGGAGAACUUCAACAUCUCCUUCUUCCUGCGCUCUCUGAAGCCUAGCGGCCUGCUCCUCCAGCUGCGGAGAGGGAGGAGGGCCUACCUCACCCUGUACCUGCGGGAGGGAACCCUGGUCUUCAACAGCCCCCCCACCACCCUGUUCUCUAACGGUACCUACAUCACCAGCGGACAGAGGGAGCUGGUCACUGUGGUGGUACGCCAGGGUCAGGUAGGGUUCAGUCAGGGUGGGACACAGUUAUCCCUGGGGAAGGUGAGGAUGGAGCAGGGGGACAUGGUGUACAUGGGGGGUCUGCCACCGGGGGAGUCCACUGCCCCCUGGGGAGGUCACUUCAAAGGCUGCUUACAGGACAUCACUCUGGACCACAUGCACCUGUACCGUAACCUCCCAGAGGAGGAGUGUCACACCCACAAAGCGUUCCAGUGCUACUUCCCCCAAAAAUCUGAGAACGUGUUGGAUGGCUGUGUCAGUGAUGAGGCAUGCAAGGCUGGUCCCUGUAAGAAUGGAGGAACGUGCACAGUCACCUGGAAUGAUUUUGAGUGCACCUGUCCCAUGAACUUCUCUGGCAGGCGAUGUGAUACACGCGUGUGGUGUAUCAGCGACCCCUGUGUCGUGGGCAGCCAGUGUGUGGAUCUAGUUGACGGUUACGAGUGCCUCACUAACGCCACCUUUGAGAGCAACGCUCUGCAGUUCACCGCUAAUGGCUCGCUGGUUGCCACGGUGACCAGUGUCUCCAUGGAUAUACGUACUCGGGAGGAGAACGGCGUGCUGCUGCGGGCCACUAAUGGAGCAGAGGUCUUCUGUCUGGGUUUGCUCAACUCCUCCCUGCUGGUCAAACUACUGAGCGGCAACAGCCUGGAGCUACAGGCCUUCACCAGCGACCUGCCCAUCUCAGACGGGGCCUGGCAUCACCUCCACCUGGCCAUGACAGACCCCCUGCAGCCUGUGUCCCGCUGGCGCCUCACUGUGGACGGGCGCAGGGCUGGGAGCACCAUGGGCACAGCCGGGCACCUCAACUUCCUCAACAACACCACCGUGUGGCUGGCAGAGAACUACACAGGCUGUCUGGGAGAGGUGAGGGUGGGAGGAGUCUACCUACCUCUGUUGGACGACCAAGAUGCCCCUCAGGCAGCCCGGUUUGUCAGACAGGGGGGGCAGGAGAACAAGAUGGGGUGUGUUGGUGCUGAUGUGUGUCAGUACCAGCCCUGCCUCAACCAGGGCACCUGCCAGGACCUCUGGAACCUGUUCAACUGCAGCUGUGCCCCGGGCUGGGAGGGAGAGUUCUGCCAGAGGGACACAGACGAGUGUGCCUCAGGCCCCUGUGCCCACGGCACCUGCACAGACCUGCUGGCAAACUACCAGUGUGAGUGUCACAAAGGAUGGGGGGGCAGGGACUGUGAGGAGGAGGUGGAUGACUGCCUGGAGCACAGCUGUUUGAACGGAGGCUCCUGCCUAGACGGGACGGGUACCUACCAGUGUGUCUGCCCCCCUGGAUACACCGGCCGCCGCUGCCAAUGGAAAUUCCCUCCACAGCAGUGUGAUGAAGAGACGCAGUGUGACAACGGUGGGGUCUGCAUGGAUGGGAUCUGGGGUACCAACUGCACCUGCAAACCUGGCUACACUGGAGACUGGUGUGAGGCAGAGAUAGAUGAGUGUGAGUCCAGACCCUGUCUCAACGGUGCUACCUGCCUGGACCGACUCAGCAGCUUCCAGUGUGUGUGUGUGCCGGGCUUCAGCGGCACACAGUGUGAAAUCAAUAGACAGGAGCAGAGGCAGCGCAUGCCCUGGCUGGUGGUGGCCAUCCCUCUGGCCAGCCUGUGUGUGCUGCUGGCUGUGGUGGCCCUGGUGUUCAUGGUGCUGACCGCACGCAAGAAGCGCCAGUCGGAGGGCACCUACAGCCCCAGCACCCAGGAGGUGGCAGGGGCACGGCUGGAGAUGGGCAGCGUACUCAAAGUGCCCCCCGAGGAGAGGCUCAUAUGAGCCCCACACACAACAGCAACACACACUACCUUCACUCGGCUACAGGUCGGACACCUAGCCUCCCUGGCUCAGACACACAACCAGACACAGGCGAGGACUGGUCAGACUCACUAAGAGGUUGCCAGGGUGUGAAAGGUCACCAGUGGUGUGGACAUGUGCCCUCACAGUGGUGCCACCGCCACACUGCUGCUCCUGGGUCAUGGGGUUGGGGGUGAUUAAACCCGGAAGUAAUCUCUUUAUAGAAAGAGGUGACGUGGUCUGUCUGAGCCGCAGAGAAGGGCAGGAUAUCAAAUCAAAUCAAAAUCAAAUCAAAUUUAUUUAUAUAGCCCUUCUUAAAUCAUCUGAUAUCUCAAAGUGCU